AUGAAAGCACCAAAUUGCAAAGAUAAGGGUCUGCAUCAUUCCUGGCACAUAAAUAUCUUUCCUCCUGCUUGCAGAGUAGUUUGGAGAGUGAUGAAAUGGAAUAUGAAAAAAUUUGAUUCAGAAGCGGAAUUCCUAGUUUUAUGGAGAAGAAAGCAUUUUAGAAGGAAGGAGGAAAGACCAUUAUGUUAUGCUGCAGACCAGCAAGAGCAGCAGCUCCGUGAUAAAGUGAUCACAAUCCCCUGUUCCAUAUGCAAGAAGGAAAUUGACCUAACUGGAUUUUUCCUACACAAAAGGCAACAUGAAGCUCUAGCCGCACUGGGUCUUGAAUGGAGGAGUGGAUUUAAACCAACACGCUUAGCGAUUUCUAGUAAGAGAAAGUUUACCAUUACUAAACUACUGUCAUCUUCUACAUAUUCUGAAAAAGGCCUAGACAGCUUGAAUAAUGCUUUAGAACUACUUUGGAAGAAACAAAUACCAGCGUACUAUAAGAUUAUGGACAAUAUUCCCAACAGUUCCAUCUAUUCACAAAAAAUCCGCCAUCUAUUAAUUAAAGGAGCAGCCAUUUGCAAUGACAAGAAUUCUACGUGGAAAGUGCACAUGAAUGAUAGAUUUACUGUCGUGAAUGAUUUUGGCAGUAAACCGAAUGUGUGUUUCUUCGGUUUGUUUGAUGGACAUCAUGGUCCAUCAGCAGCAGACUUCACAUCCAAGGAACUCCCAGUUUUACUUCUCCAUCAGCUUUCCGGAUUUGAUCCAUCCUACCAAAUGACCCCCAAAGAGCAAAAAUUAAUCAAUUCCUUCCAGACAGUGUUUAGGGAAGAGUACAUCGCUCUAGAAAGCCUCUUCUCUGUAAGCAAACAAACAAAAGAAUCAUGGUGUGAGCAUGAGAGCAUACACAAAGCCUUUGCCAAAGCAUUUUGGAGAAUGGAUAGGCUUUUACGUCUUGGAAGGCAAGAAGUAUCCAGGGUUCGAUGGAGUGGCUGUUCUGCAGUUGCCUGUAUAUUGGAAGGCAAAAUCACAAGUUCCCAUGACGAGAAGAAUCAGAGACCCAUUGACCAUGAUGGUUUGCCAGAGAGGUUACCUUCCCAGAACUUGCCACAAAUAAUUUCUGGAGAACUACAUAUUGCAUACACUGGUAAUGUACAAGCACUCUUAUGCAGAAAUGGGAAAGGCUUUCGCCUAACCAAAGAACACACUCUGAGAAGCAAAAAGGAAAAAAGAAGAGUACUUCAGAAUGGAGCGGUAGUUAGUUCAAAUGAACCAUAUGGACUCCUAGAAGGGCAAAUAAAAACCACAAGAGGACUUGGAUUUCAUGGAAAUCCCAAACUGAAAAAAUUCAUUAUCCCGGUACCUCAAACUAUGUCUGUCCCUAUAGAUGACUUAUGUCAAUUCCUUAUCUUAGCUACUAAUGGACUCUGGGAAGUUCUGGAUAAAAAGGAAGUCAUUGCAUUGGCAAUAACAAUGUUUCAAAUGUAUGAAGAAACAUACUCUUUAAACAUCCAAAAAGAAUCAUCAUCCAAAAAGCCUCUGUUACUCCCAAUCAAUGAAUCAAACGCUACUGAAUCAACAAGUAAUACCCACACAUUGUUUCAGCGUAAAUCUGAAGAACGUGUGUCAAGUACAAAUUCAAAAGAAAAUUUGUCUGAUGUAAAAUCUUCUAAAUAUUUCACUCAUGGUCCUAAAAAUACACAAACAUUUCUACCAGAAAUGACUAAUUGUGGUACUUGCAGUGAGAAAGCAACUGACAGGCCAACCCAUGCAGACGGUGUGCCAAAAGAUUCAAGUGGAAAAGAAAGAAUAUGCACCGAGGGUAUCUAUGAAGCGGCAGCUGAGUAUAUCAGCCAUGGACUUGUACAUGCUGCUUUAGUGGCUGGCUCCAGAGAUAACAUUACAGUUAUGGUAAUACUUCUCAAUGGAAGUGAAUGUCAGUUUCUGAAAUGAAAGAUAAAGUUCUGAUUAUCCAAAAUACAAAAAUAUGAAGACUCUUCAACUCUUCAAUGAACCAGAUAUUAGGAUAAUACAUCAAUACCACACAAAUCAUUUUUAAGAAUGUAGUGAAGAAAAUAUAAAGGCAGAUUUUUGAGUUACAUAAUACCAUUUAUAUAUGUUCACUGCUCCAUUAAAAAAAAAAAAGAGAGAAAAACCAGUACUUGCUUUUUAUACCACUUUAUUCCAACCUGAGCACCUCAAUAUAAAACUAAA